CUGACAGCUGGUAAGUGCCCCAGACAAACCAUGAAAAAAAAAUUGUCUGUUUACACGAUUACAUUAAAACAUUGUACACGAGUGUCCCCAGUCUUCUGCCCUAAGAUGUUACAUUUAAGUUAAACAUUUGGGCGUUUACAUCAGCAUCAUGUUAUGUUGGUGUUUUGAAUAAUGAUCUCAGACAGUGUUAUUUUGCAUGAGAUGCGCUCCAGUAGUUUUCGACAUGGACAGAAGCUUCACCAUACCUGGGAGAUUAUUACAUAAUUGGCACACUGUGGAACUAUAUAGACGCACUGGAACAAUAUUAUUACUGGUCAAGAUAUACUGCAGAAAGAAAACGAUGUUGUGAUAUAUGUGUAAUAAAGUCAAAGGCUUAGUGAUCGCAAGAGCCCCAAGAGCAGCAAUUCAUUCACUGACGAAGAAUCAGUCCUGUGUUGUUCCCACCUCCAAUCCCGUCCCUCCUCUGAAGGUCUCUCUCUGCCUUUCCCUCCAGAGAGAGAAAGUGACAGAGAUGAUGCUUAGAGGCUCGUGCAAGACGUUAUAUCGAGCGUACGCGUGAAACCGACAUGAGAUGCGCUGCAAAAUCGGUCUGGAUUCAGAGGAACUGACCUGAGCUGUGAACGACCAGAAGAUGAUGGUGAUGAUGGAGAAUAUCGGUGCGAUUCGGCUUUACCUCAUGAAAUGCAUCUGUCUACGCUGGGCUUGGGUCUGUGUGGCUGCCUGUGGUGGUAAAGUGGAGUUACACACAGAGAGGAGAGGAGUGAUCUACAGCCCAUCAUGGCCCCUCAACUACCCGCCUGGAGUGAACUGCAGCUGGAAUAUACAGGGAAGCCGCGGAGAUGUGAUCACAAUCAGUUUUCACAGCUUUGAUGUGGAGGACACGGGGGACUGCAGGGGCGACUGGCUGCUGCUCGGCCCCACAUGGAAAGCUGAGGAUCGGUUCUGUGGCUCUCUGCUUCCUCCUCCCUUCAUCUCCUCAAGAGGACAGGUCUGGGUCUAUUUCCACUCUCAGGCUAACAGCUCUGGACAGACACAAGGCUUCAGACUAUCUUACAUACGAGGUCGACUGGGUCAGAGUAGUUGUGAAAACGAUGAAUAUUUAUGUGGAAAUGGUAAGUGCGUUCCCCGUUCCUGGCACUGUAAUGGAUUGGACGAGUGUGGAGACAAUACAGACGAGAGGAGCUGUGCUGCCCCGCCAACAUCUGCUCGGGUCAGUCUGUGUCCGCCUGGGACGGUGCAGUGCUCUGAUAUCCAAUCUACCCGCUGCCUGCCGGUGUAUCUGCGCUGUAAUGGAGCCCGGGACUGUCCUGACGGAUCCGAUGAGGCCCACUGUCCCGACACGUCUUGUGGAAAACACUUAGUCAACUUCUAUGGGACAUUUGCCUCCCCUGAUUUUUUCCGUCCAAACAGGAGCGCUGGCACAGUUCUUCACUGCACAUGGUUCCUAGACACACAAGACCCAAAGCCGUUGGUGCUGCAGGUGGACCUCCAGCUGGGUGUGGGAGACUCGGUCCGUGUUUACGAUGGAUUGGGAGAGCGUGCGGAACAUCUUCUGCAGAGUCUCUCUCACCAUAAUAACCACAGACGAGCCCUGCUGGAGUCGUCCCAGGGACAGAUGAGCAUCUUCUACCACGCCAAACCACACAGCCCUGGACACGGAUUCAACGCCACCUACCAGGUUAAAGGUUACUGCUUUCCAGGUGAACAUCCAUGUGGCACAGACGAGGGCUGUUACUCAGAGCUGCAGCGCUGUGAUGGCUACUGGCACUGCCCCGGGGGGCGAGAUGAGGAGGACUGCCCGCUGUGUCAGCCAGGAGAGUAUCCCUGCGAGGGUGGCAGCGGAGCAUGUUACUCGGCUUCUGAGAGGUGUAACAACCAGAAGAAGUGCCCCGACGGCUCAGAUGAGAAAAACUGCUUUGAUUGCCAGCCUGGAAACUUCCACUGUGGAACCAACCUGUGCAUCUUUGAGACGUGGCACUGCGAUGGGCAGGAGGACUGUCUCGACGGCAGCGAUGAGAGAGACUGUCUUGCAUCCGUGCCCAGGAAGGUGAUCACAGCGGCUCUGAUCGGCAGCUUGGUCUGUGGACUGCUGCUGGUCAUCGCACUGGGUUGUGCCUUUAAACUCUACUCGCUCAGGACAAGAGAGUACAGAGCUUUUGAAACCCAGAUGACCCGACUAGAGGCGGAGUUUGUUCAGAGGGAGGCUCCACCCUCCUAUGGUCAGCUGAUAUCUCAAGGUCUCAUUCCUCCAGUGGAUGACUUCCCAGUGUACAACCCAACACAGGCUUCUGUUCUGCAGAACCUCCGUUCAGCUAUGCGAAGGCAGAUUCGUCGUCACUCUUCUCGUCGUUCCUCGUCACGGCGGCGAGUUGGUCGUCUGUGGAAUCGCCUGUUCCACCGUGGCUCUCGGGUCCGGGGUCAGAUACCUCUCCUCACGCCUCCAGGCCACACGCACACAAACACACACCCCGAUCUGAGCCUCCACAGCUACAACACGACGGACGAUGGCAUCGAGGAGUCACGUGAGAGUACGGGACAGACUCCGUCGUCCUGUUCGACGGUGGCGCUGGGACUGGCCCUGCAGGCUCACACCGAAGCCUUCUGCCUUCCUGACAGACAGUCUCUGACCUCUCCCCUCUCUCUGCCCUCCCCUACCUCACCCCGCUCCACCUCCGACACUCUGGAGGACGAAGAUGAUGAAGAUGACAGAGGUUCAGAGUGGGUGAGAAUGAAAUCCAAACAUAAAGAUGACCACAGUCCUCCUGGACCCCCCGAUAGCCCCAAACGCAGCACAAGCCGGUCGAGAUCCUCCAGACGGCUGGUGCAGGAGCUGUCUGCAGAGCUCCGAGGAGUCUCUCUCCUGCGCUACACCUCUGUGGGCAUCUCGCCGCUUUCCUCCCCUGAGUCACCGUCGUCCUCCAGCGGUCAGUCUGAGGAGCAGAGAAGCUUUCCUACAUUCGGAAAACCACAUAUGGACGCACGCACAGAUGCUCAUGGACACGCCAGGAAAUCUUCAGAAACAGAAGAGGUUCCUGGUGACUGUGUCAGGCUUUGCAGACUCACAACUAGCGAGGAAGAGGACGAUGAGAUUCUGUUAGUGCACUGAGAAGCCUUUAUCACCCUCCCUUUUCUGAAUUUGUGCCAACACAGUGAGCCUUACUAGGUUCAACCUACGGCCUUCCAUCCAGAGUCAUAAAGUACAGUAUUUUUACACAUGUAGUGUAAACUAUUUCAGUCAGACAAAAGGGUUUACAUGACAUUUUAAAAAGAAAAAUGAUUGCUUUAGUCAGACUGAAACGGAUCUUUUAAAGUGUACGUAAAUAUACACUACCGUUCAAAAGUUUUUUUUAAAAGAAAUUGUUUAGUUCAGCAAGGAUGCAUUACACUGAUGAAAAGUGACAGUAAUGAAUUCUAUAUUGUUACAAAUUUUCUUUUUAUCAAAUAAUCAAUUGGGGAAAAAUGACAGUUUCCACAAAAAUAUUAAUCAGCACCACUAUUUUCAACCUUGACAAUAAUAAGGAAUGUUUCUUGAGCACCAAAGCAGUGUAUUAGAAUGAUUUCUGAAGGAUCGUGUGACACUGAAGACUGGAGGAAUGAUGCUGAAAAUUCAGCUUUGCAUCAGGGAAUAAAUUUCAUUUUAAAGUAAAAUAUCUUCAAACAGAAAACAGUUAUGUCAAUGUAUUUUGAAAAAGGCAGCAUUGCUGAGCCUACGAGGCUUCUUUCAGAAAUGUUUUAAAAUCUUACUGACACCCAAAACUUUGAACGGUAGUGUUUUACUUACAAAGUGUUAAGCCUUGUAGUUGCAGAAAGUUUGGAUUUCAUGCCGUCAUAGUAGAACAUGGAGGAUUCAACCUCAGCUCAGACACUGCAGUGUGUGUGUGUGUGUGUGUGUGUGUGUGUGUUUAGUUGUCAUCCGUGAUCAGAUAAUUUCACAAAUCAGCUCCUGCAUUCAAUAUCAUUGUUCACUUGCUAGAAAUCACCUAAAACCCUUGUGAAUGUGGCUAUAUCACUACAACAAUAUUUGAUUAUCAAGGAUUGAGCAUAAAUACUUUCCCACAUGGAAUAUCUUUAUUACACAGAGGUUAAUUAGUCUGAAUCUCUGCUUUCUAUCGGUAACAUUCUGUCGUGACCUUCACUUCCCUCUCUCCUUCCCAACGCCUUAUCAGAGAUUCACUGUGUCGCCUUCUGAGGUUAAAAUGUCUGCACACAUUUCAUUUUUAUCAGAACCAGCCAGAAUGUUUGAAUGUUGACUGUGUCCUACAUUAACAGAUCUGAACCUCUUAUAUUGCACAUACACUACUGUUCGGUUGGUUGAAGUUUAUGGAAGUAUUUUAUGCUCACCAAGGCUGAAUUUAUUUUAUUCAGAAGUACAGCAAAAACAGUAAUAUUGUGAAAUAUUAUACAAUUUAAAAUGACUGUUUUCUAUUUGAAUAUAUUUUCCAAUUUUAUUUAUUUCUGUGAUGUCAAAGCUGAUUUUUCAGCAGCCGUUACUCCAGUCUUCAGUGUCACAUGAUCUUUCAGAAAUCAUUUAUAUAUUUGCUGCUCAAGAAUAAUUUAUUUUUUAUUAGUUGUCCUGCUUGUGGAAACUGUGACUAAAUGCAUACUUGCUUUUUUUAAUGUGCUGACCCCAAACCUUUGAACAGUGGUGUACAAUUGUAUACCCCUGGACUACUGGAGCUGUUUGCUGAUUUAGUGAUGAGAUCAGCUUUUUUUGUAUUUAAGGUUCAUUUUGUUAGUCUGCUACCAGACUGUAAUAUCAUGGCAGGUCCACCAUUGAAAUAUAUUACCGUUAAGAAGCUUUUUUCCCCAUGUAAAAGAUUAUGAGUCUUUCUUGAAGGGAAGCAGAACUCAGGGAUUGUAUAAUGAUUCAUGAGAGAGAAGCAGUUAACCUGGAUUUCCUUGUUAACAUUUCUAGUCUAUAGAUGAACUGAGAAGCACUGCUGCCUCGACGGAGUUCUGAAGCCAUCAGGACAUCACAGAGGCGUGGGAAAAUGACUCAGUAAUCACAUUUGUGUUUGAGCCCACACAUGUUAAUGUCUUUGUUUUUCACAUCAGCCAUUACGUUUUAUCAGCAUUUAUGCAUUUGAUACUUGAGAGACAUAUUUGCCAGUGAAAUUAAGUUGCACCCAUAUCCCUGAAUGUAUGUAUGUUCUGUUAUUAAAUGUAGUGCCACAUACUCGGUGCAAGUCAUACUUGCUGCUUUAGCACACUUGGUCCUGGUCCAAGCUUAGAAAUAAGAACUAAUCAAACUAAAAAGCUGGUCCCAUCUCUAAAGGGUCGGUCUGUUCCUUCUGUCUGCUGCUGUUAUUUCACAUAUCUCCAUUCUUCAUGCAGGAUCUCUUGUCUGAUCUCACCGUUUCCAUUUCAGAAACUGAUAGAUCUAAUGGAAUUGUGGAUGUUUUAAUACAGUGUGAUUCAUUUGCGUUAGAGAGGUGAUGCACUUUGUCUUGUCAUAUGAUGGGUUCAGUUGAAAUGGCUGAAGAUUAAACACUGCUAAGAGA